UUACAAACCUUACACCUUGCUUCUUGAGUCAAAAUUAAAUCCAAAAUGGAGAUAAUUAAGAAAACUUAUUAUCGAGCAGUUUUUGUAAAGUAUGCAAUUGUUCCUUCUCCUCAUGACGGCAUCUGUAUCGCUAAUGUUUAUUCUUGAGAACGACGGAGUCCAAUUGAUGUCCUUGUUGAAUGGCAGCUUCUUGGAGGACUAUUAUAAAAGGCGGAAAAAUCAAGGUAUGGUGUCUACAAAAAAGCCUCGCUCCGAUUUUGAAUCUUACGAGAGUGAGAAAAAAAGAAUUGCAAGGCUUUGGGAUCCUAUACUCAAUCAAAGCCACGAUUUUCUGGAUGUCAGAAAAGAUAAUAGCCAGGAGAAGGGUCAGGUCUCAGGAUCAGGUGCAAAUGAAAUAUUUUCAACGAAUAUUAGUAAAACUGAACCUUGCAAGGAUAGUAACACUUUAAAUCCCCCUGGAACUGGGUCACCCCCACCCAAAGGCUUACAGAAAAACAGGUUUGUACGACAGCGUCCAAUAGGACAGCGUCCAAUACUCCCCCUAUCGGUUCAAAUAUUCUUCGACAGAAGACCGAAAUAUGGAGAAAAAUACCCGUUAAUUGUUGCCAUGAAGAGUUUAGGGACAACCCCUUUCGUACUCAACAUCACAGUAGAUACAUCUGAUUAUCUCAUUGAUGACAAGGUAAUAUAUCCCAGCCAGAAAUCUAAAUGGUCAUACACAAGCAACUUGAGAGAGCUCCUAAGCACAGUUGGAAUUCCCGAAACAAAUGUUGCCUUUAACCAGGCCUAUUAUUACCGAUGUCAUGCAACAUUUUAUAAUACACGGCACAAAUACGCCAUCGUGAAGGUCUCAGAUCUAGAAAACAGAUUUGUCCUGCUGGCAGCGACGUAUAGGAGAGCGUUCAGGGUUAUUAUUCCUUCAAGAAGUAGGGAUAAGUUACCCGUAUUGCUACUACCAUUUUGCAAAGAUCCGGAGCUGCCGGUUGCAGUUUCAGCCUGGACUCACCGUGUGUUCUAUGCGAUUAUCAUUAGGAAAGGUGUAAAGGCAAAGUACAAAACAUUCAGUUGGGAUUUUUAUGAUAUGAACGAGGAAUCUCAUGCUGGGGACACUAAAACUCUGUACCUUAAAUUGGUGCCUUACCAGGUCAGUUAUUUGAACUAUAAUGUGAUAGACCGUGUCUUCAUGUUGCGGGCCAGCGGUGUCAUCAACGGAGUCUUCACUGUAGCUCGUUGCUAUGUGAAGUAUAUCCCUCCAGAUAUUGAAACGGAAAUUUCUGGAGGCCAGCGACGGAAUGUGGACGUCAGGGAUUAUGUACUAAUAGACGGUUCAUCGAGCAAGGACAGAGUCUUUCCUGUAGAAAGUCUGGCAACAAAGAAUUUCCAUUGGCAGUGUGAAAGCACGGACGAUCCCAAUAACAAAUAUUGCAAAUAUGAUUUAUCAACAAAGCCCAAGAUACGAUUCCCGAAAAGAAGCCUCCGAGUUGGUAAGAAGUACUCCAUUGCCCUGACCGUUUACUCCAAAAUAGACCCCAGACAUCGAUCGAGCGCCAUCCAGAUUAUAAAGGGCGUGGAGAGGGACACCAUUGCGCCCAACAUCGUCUGCCGACGCAACUGUGCCCUGGACGUGUAUAGCACGGCGGAAAGUGUCCAUUUGACCUCCGAUUGCCCCGAUUGUCGCCAUCGGGUGCGCUAUUACGAGUGGCUCGUCAGCGAGGAAGGCGGCCAAAUCCAAUCUGUAUCUCGAAAGAAGUUUCUCGUCUGGAGGGGCACCAGUGCAUACAUCGACAUCUACUUGAAGAUGAUUAUGGUGAACAAUGUUCAGGGUAUUUCCAAGUACUCGAUGUCCCGGAACGAUGGUCCUCAAGAGGGCAAGUGUACAGCAUGGCCCGAUAGCGGCAUCGAGGCUACUACCGUUUUUUCCAUCACUUGCGUGGGCUACGAGUCGCCCUUUGUUCCGCUGACCUUCCGCUUCAAGCUCGGAGUGGCGGCGGUGGCCACUUUGAUUCCGUUCAGCAAGAUCAAAAUGGUGUUGCCGACGACCAACUCUCUAGAAGUCUCCAUCUGCGACACUGUGGACACGUGCGUGUGGCAGAAAUUGUCCCUGACGGUGACACCAUUUGUGUUGGCGAAUCCCGAUGCUACCCAGGAGAACCAUAUCAGGGAGGUGAUGGCAGAGGUACCAGAUCUCCUGCUGCAUGGCCACUGGAACAAAGCCUUUGUUCUCUCAUUGGUGGCCACGAAAUGGAUCGCAUCUCCCGAAGACGGUAUGCUGAUCUUCUCGCAUUUGCAAGAUCAGGAUUUGCAAACUGGUGGCCAGCUGGAGCAGAUGACACUGCUGGGCCUCCAAAUGUUGUCGCGAUUGCUCCCGCUAACUUUCCGAUCAGCGAGGCUCUUGGGCGAUAUGUUCAUCAAACAGACCACCAUUUUCGAGCACACCGUCCAAGAACAGGGCUGGUUGCAUCGGGACGCCUACCACAGUCUGACUGCCAUGCUCAUGGCCUUUAUGUCCAUCUUAGGAGACAAGAAGCAUGUGGAGGGUCUUGCGAUGGGCAUGUGCAAGCCCACCAGUCCUGAGUGCGUCAAUAUGGUGAUGCUGGAGAACCUGGAGCUCCAACUAGAGAUAAAAUUCGAUCCUCUGAUUCUGCUGAAAGUCAAUUACUGGAUGCGGUGCACCUGGUUCCUCUACAAGUGUACCUACUACAUGGGCAUGCUGGCUACCAAACGCCAUCACCCCUAUGACGAAGCCUUUGCGGUCCUAGAGGGCGGCAUUGCCUACCAGGUGAAUGUGACUGAGGUGACGGAGGAAACGGAGAACAUCACCAUCAACACUAUUGACAUGAUCCACGCGGUGCAUCUGUCCGCCCCCCUGCUAUUUGAGCUCAGCAAGAUGUUCAAUCAUACCACUAUUCUAUUUCAGCUCAUCUCCCAGCAGAACUUCCACAACAUCUUUUGGUGGUUUCCGGAUCCGCUGCCCUCAAAAACCAGUGUGUUGAUAAUCCACGCCCAUAGUCCCGGCGAAGUAAAGUACACUACCGGUAUAUUUUCCAUAAAAAAUCGGUUGAUGUUCAGGACGAACAUCAGCGAGUUUAACGAUGAUCCUGUUUUCAAUCAGUGGAUGGCCAAUGGCACCAUCGAAAAGUACUCGGAGAUCCAUUUGUACAGCCUGAUGCUCAGCAACAAGGCCAUGCUGGCUGUGCGGAUAGUGUCCUGUUCGGAGCCCAUGAGAGUUAAAAUGCGGAUGCACCGACAACCCUCAGCCCUGGAGAUGAAGAAGGCCUGCUUUAUAACGCCCAAUAUGGGUGGGAAGCGGAUCUGGAUGUCCAACAACUGCCCACGCAGCCUGGCAUUCGUGGCAGUUCAGAGGACUACGCCUGACCGUUCAUUUCGGAGUGGAAAGAAAACAAAGAUGUUGCGGGAUGAUUCCGACUGGGAUGCGCCGCUAAACUACACAAUCUUGCUAGAGAUAUACCAGUGCAACGUGUGGCAGAACCGGACCCUGGAUCCUGGCUGGGAUGCCGAAAACUGCAUCACAUCCUUCGAGAACAGCUAUGGCACGUCGGUCCAGUGCAGCUGCAGUAUCCUUGGGGCCUUAGCGUCUCGGAUUGUGCCCAUUGCAGCGGAACGGCAUGUGGAGUACUUUCGAGAUGAGGCUAUGACCUUCAAAAUUCUACUACCCCUUUUUUUCCUACUGCUCCUGUUAUUGCUACUCGUCCUGAUGGUCCUUAGCUUCGGGAGUCUCUCGGCCCAUCAAAGGCGCGAGAACUUCCUGCGGUGCGAAGGGAGCAAAGCAGAAGGUCUGGGACGCUUGUUUAACAACGAGAACGAGAUACUCCUGAUAGUUGUGACCGGCGGCCGGGAGUUCGCCGGGACCACCUCUAACAUUAAGUUCUAUUUCAAGUCGCCCCACCGGCCUCAGACCUCGUUUAAUGUAACGCAGGACUGCGCGCAUCCCAAGUUGCUAACGAACAGCACCAACAAGCUGCUGGUCCCGCGAGGAUCGAUCUUCAUACCCACCCGCCUGGCUCUGGGUGUCAUGAGGAACGGCCGGUUUCCGUCGUGGUACUGCCGCACCGUUACCGUUGUGGACCUGAAGCUGAGGGCGCAGCAGCUGUUUGUGGUUGAGCAAUGGAUCCAUUCGGGUCACACCAAGUUUAUGCGCUCCAAGUAUUUCACGUUCGGCCCUCAGAAAAGGGACUAUCAAUACACGUGUGCCACGCGCUUUCGUAACCGGCUGGAGCAGCUCUUCAUCAGCUGGUUCAUGGCCAAUCCCAUCACCGGACCCUGGCAAAGCAGCGUUGGCAAUGUCACGAUGAAUCGCUUCGAGCGAUCCUGCGCCUGGAUCUCCAAGCUGGCGAUCUCGCUCACCGUGAUCAGUAUAUAUCUUCCCCUGAAAAGAGAGGAAGCCGAGGAAAAAAAUCAUGGGCUUCACCACAAAGAACAUAUACAAAUAGAUGAGGUGGUGAUGCUGGCGCUUUUAGGCAUAGAUUUGGAGCUUUCCCCAGAGACUUUUUUUGCUGGAGUGUCGCACGGAGGAUGCAACGGAAAUUGUACUGAGGGCACGGCCAUUAUUCUCCGCACUCUGCCGGGAAACCAAGGAGGCGACACACGCAUCACAAUUCUGAAAUAUUGUAGUUGUCCGGGCCACAAUGUCUGGAUAAGUACCCUGUAG